AUGAGAGACAGAGCAGGAGAAAAACACGCCGAGUCUCUCAGGAGGAGGAAGCGAGGCUGCCCCGGCGUGCGGCAGAGCCGGUGGCAGGGCGGGCAGAGCGUGGGUGCCCGUCCAUGUCUCUGCGAUGGCCGUAGUCAAUCGGAGAGGAGAACGAGUGCGGUGAAGGCAGGGGACAUGGAGCUGCGGGGCGGUGGUGAGGGCGAGAAGCUGGAGGACCGAUCCGCAGCCAGCGUGCUAACGAAUCGCCUCUCCCCCUCUUCCGUAGAAAACAGAGUCACCCGAGUGCCCUGGCUGACCCGCAGCAGCAUCCUCUAUGCCGGCAAUGACAAGUGGUGCUUGGACCCUCGGGUGGUGCUCUUGGCCAACACCAAAACCCAGUACAGCAUCCAAAUCCAAGAUGUGGAUGUGUACGACGAAGGCCCCUACACCUGCUCUGUGCAGACAGACAAUCACCCGAAGACAUCGCGUGUCCAUCUCAUCGUGCAAGUGUCUCCGAAAAUUACCGAGAUCUCUUCUGAUAUCUCCAUCAACGAAGGUGGCAACGUCAGCCUCACCUGUAUAGCCACGGGCAGGCCAGAUCCGACGAUCACCUGGAGACACAUCUCACCCAAAGGUAAGGGAGCCAAAUGUCAGCAGAAACGUUACGGGAAGGGCCGAGUGCCGUUU